AGUCUCCGCCUCCUGGGAUAAAUUGCGGCUGCGCAGGUUCUUUCGGUCUUCUCCCACGUCAACCCGUGCAGCUGCUACUUACUUCCCAACGUGAGCACUAUUAUCAAAGGAUCAUGGCUGAGAUGAAGGAGCGCACAUUCAUUGCCAUCAAGCCCGAUGGCGUGCAGAGGGGCAUCAUUGGAGAAGUCAUCAAGAGGUUUGAGACAAAAGGCUUCAAACUCGUUGGCAUGAAGAUGCUCCAUGCCUCUGACGACCUCCUGAUGAAGCACUACGCUGACCUGAAGGAAAGGCCAUUCUUUCCUACCCUCAUCAAGUACAUGAGCUCUGGGCCAGUGGUUGCCAUGGUGUGGGAGGGCAAGGGUGCUGUGAAGACCGGCAGGGUGAUGCUGGGUGAGACCAACCCCGCUGACUCCAAGCCCGGAACCAUCAGAGGAGACUUCUGCAUUGAUGUCAGCAAGAACAUCAUCCACGGAAGCGACGCAGUGGAGAGUGCCAACAAGGAGAUUUCCCUGUGGUUCACAGAUGAGGAGCUGGUCAGCUACACUAGCUGUGCCUUCAGCUGGCUCUACUGAGCACUCCUCACACUGGUCUGAGACCAGUGACCUUUUUGCCUCAUACUUCCUGUUUUUUGUCCAUGGCCUAGAGCGGAGAAGAACUGAAGUUCUUAAGGUCUCAAUCAUCACAUCACCCUCUGCCCUCUUAUCAUCAUACUGUACUUGGAUCUGGUCUCUGAUGUCCAGGUCCGGUAUGAAUUCAUUCCUCAGCUCCAUUCCUUUUUUAGAAACAUUCCAUCGAUCCUUGAAAUGUACAGUUAAUGACUGCAACUAUCCUUGACUGUCGUUUUUGUUAAAAGGUGAUCUGCUUUCCAAUAAAAUGAACACAAUA